CUACUAAGGAGUAUCUCCGGACACCUGAUUGAUCGUCUCCGAAUCAUAUGCGUCCGGAUUGAAACUAGUAUGGACUAGUAAGCGAAUGGUUAACGUGCGCUCAUUCCACUUGAUUUGGGGGGUAUUAUUCGGCCUCUGCAGCCGGAGCACUUGAUAAUUUUCUGCAACCGUGGCCGCCAUUUCUCUCGAUAUUACGCAGACUCGAGUUUGUUCUGCUUCUCCAGCGCAAGCAUCCUUCGGCAUCUUACGGUCUCCUAGAGCAACUGGUUCGACCUCGAAAUAACUCACCGGGCAUUCAGUCAUGUCUGCUCAUGAGAUGGAGGAGGCGGUCGAUGCCCCCUUAACCCGCAAACGAUAUCAUGCUGAAGCAGUUGAUUAUCCUCGACGACGCGCGACUGUCGCAUGUCAGAUCUGUCGUCUACGCAAAACAAGAUGCAAUGGCGCACGCCCGAGAUGCCAGCUCUGUAUCGAUCUUGAUGCGGAGUGUAUUUAUCGAGAGCCGGGCAUCAAGCUAGAUGCUGGGGACAAGUUAAUCAUUGAGAAGCUAGACAGAAUUGAGGGCUUGUUACGUUCGAAGCUGGCUGUUGCAGCCAGUAAUUCACCCCUGUCUUCAACAACAACUGAGACUGUCAAUGAUCCCGUAGGUAACGACGAUUCCGCCGUUAACAUGACAGAGAACACCACAGUGUCAUCCAGAACAUCGGUUGUCGGGCUUGGAUCCUGGGCUAACCCACCAACGAACAUCUCAACAAUGCCUAAGCUUCACACAACGCCAGCCUUGAAUCUAUUACAGUGGCCUUUCAUCCGAGAUCUUGUUGCUGCACCUUACGAUCCUCACACCCUACUACAACUAGAAAUGGCUCGUGAGCCACUUCGGAUCCCAAACUAUAUUGGCCUCGAUCUAUCCAACGCUGUCGCGCAUGCUCGGGCUUUUUUUUCGCGGGUUAAUGUCUGGUACGCCUGCGUUAACCCAUAUACCUGGCCUCGUUACUAUGACAUAGCUAUCUCAUCUAGCUUUCAGGAGGGGGCUGAGAGCUGUAUCGUUCUUUUGGUCCUUGCACUAGGGUGUGCAAGUCAAUAUGGAAGCAUAUCAAGUCUUUCACCCGAGGCAGACCCGCCAGGGCUGCCAUAUUUCGUCGCUGCAUGGGGCCUUUUGCCCAACGUUACAAUGCGCAAUUCUGUUCUCGCUGCCCAAUGCAAUAUUCUCGCUUCUGCCUAUCUAUUCUACUUGGUAAGACCAUUGGAGGCCUGGACACUACUUUCGAGUGCUAGCCUGAAGCUACAGCUGCUAUUUGGCAAUCCGUCCCGUGUUUCUGCUCAAUGGAGGGAAUUAAGCACCAGACUAUACUGGAAUGCCCUUCUAUACGAAAGCGAUCUACUGGCCGAACUAGACCUUCCACACUCAGGGAUUGUGCACUAUGAAGAGCUUGUUGAUCUUCCAGGUGGCUUUGAACCAGAGGAUGACGAAGAUGACGAUCAGAGCAGCACACCCCGGGAAAAUCUCGUUGUAGAUGCGGUGGUAGGGCACGACGAGCUCUGGUACUUCUUGGCUGAAAUAGCUCUGAGAAGGCUUCUUAACCGUGUCAGUCAUGUUAUUUAUCAGAAGGAUAACUCUCUGACCCUUGCAUCUCUUGGGCCGAUUGCCUCCGAGCUGGAUUUUCAGCUUUCGCAGUGGUACGAAGGGCUUCCCCAAGCUGUUCGAUUCCCUCUUUCCUCUCACCAAACUUCGAACUCUAUCCAGACCGUUCUGAGACUUCGGUAUUUUGCAUGUCGCACGAUCAUCUACCGUCCCUACAUUCUGGCGGUACUUCAGCAUGAACAAACAUCCGCAGACCCAAUGGUCAGAGAAUGUUGUCGGCGGUGCUUAGAUGCGACAUUGAAUCAGCUUGAUCACAUUAGUCGCCACCGUGAGGGCCAUCUCCCCUACCUCUGGCAAGGUGCCCUCUCUAUGGUUUCACAGACGUUGUUGAUUAUGGGGUCAACCAUGUCUCCGGCGCUUUCAGUACUCCUACCUUCAGCGGCCCGAGUGAAUGCAAUUAUCAGCGGUGUCAUAGAGGAAGUUAAUCGAUAUGCGCACCUUGCUCCAAGCCUCAAGCUCUCGGCGGAGAUUAUACGUGACGCCGAGAAAAAACGGCAAAUAAGCCUUAGGUCGGUGGCUAAGAAAAUCUAG